AUGUCGCCUGCUGCCCUCAACCCCACCUACUCCUUGAGCCCCACUACCACUACUGAUACUCCUCUGACAGCAAUUAUAUCUUAUAUUUUUCAGUUGUCGACCCCACAACUGCCAACAUCAACCCACAACCACCACCACCACUACCAUCACCACCACGACGUUACCACCACCAUCACCACCACCACCCAAGCUGUGAUAAUAACCGCCGCCUUGUACUCCCAGCCCAUCCUGCACUUAUCGAGACCAGGACAGAGCAGGUCCACCAGGAGCACAAUGAAGGCGCUGGUGGCCCUCCUCCUCCUCCUAGGAGUCUUGGGAGGCACAGGUUGUCAUGCCCAAGGGAGCCUCGUCGUUGGUAGUGCUGCCACUGACUAUUCUCGUAACAAACCACCACCGACAAGCACUGCAAGCCUGUGCUCCUUUGGCUCCGAAUAUCUUGUCAAUAAUGAUGAGGCGGUUCACCAGGCUGGCGAGAGAGAUGUUCACCUAGAGACAAAGACUGAGAAGAUGCGCACAGUCCAGCCAUCUUUCAAGUCUUCUCUGGUUAGCCUCAGUGCUCCUACUGCUGAAGUUCUAGACCUGACUUCUAGCACUGUCGGUUCUAAAGCCUCUAUUGAGCACCCUGUCGACAGCCAGCCUCAGCAUGAUGACGAAAAGAGCCACAGCGCCAUCACUUCUGGAAGCAGCAGCACCAUCGCUCUCAUUGCGGCUGUUGUUACAAGUUUUGGACCAUUUGCUUCGGCAGACAACCUGAAGGACUAUGGAACCACCUUGAAAUUCCAGCCAUCCACCAUUACACUUACGGGCCUUCCGGCUCCUGAUGUCAGCACUACAAGCUCAUGCAAUGUCAUCUGUCCCCACAACGAGCUCCAAGACAAGUGCAACAAUCCACCCUACUCAGCCUCUUGUCUCUAUCAGUCAGCCGGAUGCCACGUCACAAUGGAUACACCUUAUGCUCCGUGCCUCACCAUGUGCAAAUGCGUUGUCAGUAGAGACAUCCCUGCUGAUGCACAGCCAGGGCUCACCCACAAAGAAGAUGACGAAUUUGCCGGUUUGGACUAG